GAGAGGCUGUAGGCUUGGGGCCAAUCGUGAAUCAGUGAUGAGAAUCGUAGUGGGGACCGCUGAGGAGAUGUAUACGCCGUGAUCAAGUCGUUUGCAGCCAUUCGAAUAGUAGGCAUUCGAAUAGUAGGCGUUUGAGUGGCAUCAACAUGGCUGAUUACAAACUUGGAAAACUUAUCAUUGAGGGGAAGACCAAGAAGGUUUACGAACUUGCGAAUUAUCCCACAUUAUGCUUGCUGGAAAGUAAGGAUCGUAUUACCGCCGGCGACGGUGCAAAGUCUCACGCAUUGGAAGGAAAGGCGACGAUCAGCACGUCAACCAACAACAAGGUCUUCGGAUUGUUGAAUCAAGCUGGCGUGAAGACAGCUUUCAUUAAACCCGCAGGUCCAAAAGCCUUCAUAGCGAAGAAAUGUGAGAUGGUACCAAUUGAAUGGGUCACCCGAAGACAGGCAACUGGUAGUUUCCUAAAACGACAUCCAGGUGUCCCAGAGGGCUACAGGUUCAAUCCACCGCUACAGGAGACGUUCUAUAAAGAUGACGCGAAUCACGAUCCGCAGUGGUCCGAUCAGCAGAUCAUUUCCGCGGGAUUCCACCUGAGCGGCAUAAAAAUAACGAAAGACGAAGUGGACAUCAUGAAACGCACCACUCUCCUCGUCUUCGAGAUCCUCGAGAAAGCUUGGGCCGUACGCAACUGCGCUCUGAUAGACAUGAAGAUAGAAUUUGGCGUGGACGCGGACGGCGAGAUCCUGGUUGCUGAUAUCAUCGACAGCGAUUCUUGGAGGCUCUGGCCUUGCGGCGACAAGAAAUUGAUGAAGGACAAGCAGGUGUACAGAGAUCUGUCCAACGUGACGCAACAGAACCUGGAGACAGUAAAAUGCAACUUUCAAUGGGUGGAGGAACAGCUGGACUAUGUCACUCAAGCGCCUACUCCAUCGGUCGUUAUCCUUAUGGGUUCACCAUCCGAUGAGGCCCAUUGCCAAGAGAUCGCGAAACAUGCUACCGCACUAGGUCUGAAAGCACAACUCCGAGUCUGCAGCGCUCAUAAGGGUACCGAGGACACCCUGAACAUUCUUGCCGAGUACGAAGGCAGUGGAGAAAACGUGGUGCUGAUAGCAGUGGCCGGUCGCAGCAAUGGUUUGGGUCCAGUACUCUCCGGCAAUACCGUCUUGCCUGUCAUAAAUUCUCCACCUUUGAGAUCGGACAAUAUUGAACGAAGCGUAUGGUCGUCGCUUGAUGUCCCGUCAGGACUUGGUUGUACGACAGUCGUGCAUCCAGAAGGUGCUGCGCUCGCCGCGGCGCAGAUCCAUGCGAUGCACAAUCACCUGGUCUGGGCUCGUUUGCGAGCUAAGCAGCUGUCCAACUUCGUAAGCUUGAAGCGAGCCGACGUCAAACUGCGAAAGCUGUAGUAGCGUCCGUCCGUUCAAGCUGGCAGCUUGACAGCACCUUGCAGGUUCACAUUAAAUUGCCAUUUCCAAUGAUUACGUUAGCUCUUUUCAUAUAUAGUCUAUUGUUAUUGAUUCUGAUAAUACUUUAUUGGUUCCAAGUAUGUAACGUUCACCUGUUUCCGCUUGAACAAAUCUUCGAGUAAGCGUGCAACCGCUAUUCAAUUUAAAAUAUACUUUUUGUUGAAAAUGAUGCAAAGAAACGUGCGUAACGUAUUGAAGAUCACUUUUAUAUGUAUAUAUAGAUGUGUACAUUGAUAUGCACAAAGCUGAUAGCUUUUCUAGCUUUACCUACGAUUGCAUAUUUUGCGAAUAGGUGAACACUAAAUUUUGGAAAAAUAUGAAAAAUUUGUUCUCGUAUACACAAGUAUGUAAAACUAUAAAAGGAAGAAAGAUCACUAUCGCGCUCAAAAAAACACUUGCUCACAUGCACAAUUAACAGAUGUGACUUUAACAUACAUGUAUUCAUAUUUUUUUAUAUACAUGUAAAUAAAAAACGCAGCAUAC